GAUUAAUUGUCGCAACAGUUGUUAUUGUUUAAAAUGAGUUCAAAUAUUGAGUAUUUAAAUAAUAAAGCAGAAUCGCGCUUAAUACCACAAAAAUCCGAAGCGGUUUAUAAAAAAGAAUACGAUAAAUUCAACACGUGGAUGGAAGAGCAAAUGGUUACACAUAUAGAUGAACGAGUUGUUCUCGCUUAUCUCCAGAAAAUGUCGGAAAAGUAUAAAGUAUCGACUAUGUGGACUAUCCAUUCAAAAUUACAAAGUAUGUUGAGGAUAAACAAAGGGGUCGAUAUAAAAUCGUUCGUCAAAGUGCAUGCAUUCAUGAAGGCAAUUAGCAAAAAUGAGGUAGUCAAGAAGGCAUAUGUAUUCAAAGAAGACGAUUUGCCGAAGUUUUUUACAGAUGCACCGGACAUUACGUAUUUAUUUUUGAAGGUGGUUGCUAUUUGUGGCAUCUUUGGCUCUUGUAGAAGAUGUGAAUUGUGCGAUUUACGCUUAGCUGUUAUCAAGAAGGAAGCGUAUUGCUUAUUACUAUCCGACCAUCUAAGACAGUGA